AUGUCGAAAGCAGCCGAAACAGAUAGCGUGGACAUAAACAACAAGCCACAAGACAACAACAAAAGAAUAGAUAUUGACUAUAAUAAUUUGCCCGAGGAAAAAAGUCAUUGGGAAAAAUAUCAACUCUACUACUUGGUUUUCGGCAGUUUUUUUGUUACUGCU